CGCGAGGUCAAGAACAAUCGCAGGUUGCUCCUGUCUCGGCGGGCUCAAGAGGUCGCGAGUCUUCUGUUGUCUGCCGAAACAACAGUGCUCAGGCUCACGUGGACCGGUACCGUCUCCCCUGCCGCGCCGGCUCCACCAGGCACCGAAGUGCCGCAUGGAGGCGAAGCAGCUGCCGCGGAACAAGAAGGCGAAGUACAAGGAGCAGGCGAAGACCACUCAGAACAGAGCGCGAGGAAAAAGGCGAUCUUACGCGAGCUCACGGUUGAGGAAUUCACUGCGGUCAUGCUGGUGCGACUGGGGCGACUUGGGUUCGAGGACCCUGCUCUGCAACAGGACACGGACCGGCACGGAAAUCCCUACCUGUCCGUGGAUACGCGCAACGAGCAGGAGCAGAGCAACUGGUCCUGGUUGCAUCGCAAUUUGGAUGACGACAUAGAUGAGCUUGAAUCGAAAGCGAACCGCAACAACCCUCUCAUCCCUCUUGACAAUCACAACACUCGGUUUCUGACGAACGUGAUCGCACCCCGUUUAGGAGAUGCUGCAUUCAAGUGUGACGCAGCGGACCGCAGAAGGUACGAGAAGCUGUUGGAGUGGGCGCAGGAUAAGUACGAGAAAAGCGCCAGUCUUCCCGUUUUAUAUGGGUUGAGCGACAGCCUGGGGCGAGACACUGCCAGAAGAACCCAGAAGAGGGCCCAGCAAGGCGACCUGGAAGACGUGACGCGACCGAACAGGCCGCAGACAUACGAACAACCUAAAGAAGAUCUGUGCGAGGUAUCUUCCAGUGUGCCCGUUGCGUAUUGGGCGUCGUUUCCCUUAUGGCCGCGCAAGGAACGCCGCAAGCGAACCGUUGAUGACCAGCGAACCGUUGAUGAGUACCACAAACAAUGGUCAAAGCUGGCCACCCGGAUUGCCUGCGGAGACCGGAGGUCGCUGCUACCCAGAGACGCAGCCAGUUUGGUCUACUCCCUCGUCGUUUGGUCUCCGUACGAGGGUCGUAGAGAGACACAAUCACAAACAGCUUCCCAAAUAAACUUUGGAAACCUGCGCAUGGACCUCAACAAAGUUUCAGGCCCGAUCAUCGGGCAGGACCUGGAGCUGGAAUGGAAGCGGCAACAAGUGCAGACGGUCUGGGCCUGGUGGCGGACUUGGCAAGAAAAGUACUUUGGACACAGAGACCGGAACCAUGACGAAUUGUUCCGCGAUUUUUUGCGGACACACAUCGCCGGG